AUGGCCAGGGUCCCUGGGAUGGCGUGGUCCGUGUUGUUCUUGAGCUCUGCCGAUGCUAUGCUGGGCAGGGAGACUUCCCAGCCUGUGGUGCAGAUGCUGCGGAACUUGGAUCGCAACAGCGACGGCCUCGUCGACCAGCAGGAGCUGGAAACCUUCUCCGCAACCCACGGUCUGGACCGCGUGAGUCCACAGGAAUUUGCGAAGCUGGACUUAGACGGCGACGGCACACUCAGCAGCCACGAGUUGAGUCGCACAGUCGUGGAGUCCAGCUCCGUGGGGACCCAGCAGCUCCUUCCACAGCAGCAGCCGCCUGUGCAGCUCUCGCCUGAAGGUUUGGAGGAGCAGUUCCGCUCAGACUUGCCGGCGACUCCCUCGCCCUCCUCGUUUGCCAUGACACAGGUCUCUGCCAGAGAUGAGGGCAAUGCUGCCUCUUCAGCAGCAGAGGCCGUUGUGAAGGAGCUGGCCGUUCAAAGCGAAGCAGAGGACCAGGCCCAGGCCUUCAGUCGGCGUGCGAUCGAGCUGAGAGCAAACGCGACAAGUCUGGCAAAGGUCUCCUCCCAGCGUGCUUUGCGUGCCGGGGCGACGGCCGGAGAAGCCAAGGCCCGCGAGUUGAUCCAGCAGCUUGAAGCGAUGGAGCAGCGCGCAGCAGAGGCGGAGGCGCAGGCAGCAGCGCUUCGGAAGCGCGCAGAUGCCGAACUGCAGCAGGCAGAUGACUUUUCCUCAAUCGCCAACUCGGCCAUGAAAGUCUGA